AUGGGCCGCCUCAUUACUCUCGCAACAUGCUCCCUGAACCAGUGGGCUCUCGACUGGGAAGGCAAUUGCGAGAGAAUCAUUGAAAGUAUCCGUCAAGCCAAAGCUGCCGGGGCCACUCUUCGUGUCGGUCCCGAGCUCGAAAUCACCGGAUAUGGAGUUCUGGAUGGCUUUCUCGAAGGAGAUACGUUUCUUCAUUCCUGGGAGAUGCUCGCCCGGAUCAUCGACCACCCUGAUUGCCAGGACAUUGUAGUCGAUGUGGAUGGAAAUUACCGAGAGAUGCGUCACUUUACCCCUUGGCAGCGACCCCAGGAGGUCGAAGACUACUACCUGGAGCAGAUUGUUGGCAAGAUCACAGGACAGUAUAAGGUUCCCUUUGGAGAUGCGGUCAUCAGCACAAGAGAUACAUGCUUGGGGUUGGAGACUUGCGAGGAGUUGUUCACACCGAAUGGGCCGCACAUACCUUACAGUCUUGCCGGUGUUGAGAUUAUUUCCAACUCAUCCGGAAGUCACCACGAGCUGAAGAAGCUUGAUACUCGUGUCAACCUCAUCACGCAGGCCACGAAACUAAGUGGUGGUAUCUAUCUAUAUGCGAACCAGCAAGGGUGCGACGGUGACCGACUCUACUACGAUGGAUGUGCCAUGAUUGUCAUCAACGGAAACAUCGUAGCCCAAGGGUCACAAUUCUCGCUAAAUGAUGUCGAGGUUGUCACUGCAACUGUCGACAUCGAAGAAGUACGCACAUACCGCGCCUCCACGAGCCGAAACAUGCAGGCCAGUCGGCAGACCCCAUUUGUCCGUCUUGACCUUGACAUGCGAUUAUCCCGCUCGGACGAAGAUGCAGACCCUGGCCUUGCGCCGUCUGAGACGCUUGUGCCCCGCUAUCACGCCCCGGAGGAGGAGGUCGCCCUGGGACCUGCCUGUUGGCUGUGGGAUUACCUCCGAAGAAGCGGUGCCGCUGGAUUCUUCCUUCCCCUGAGUGGUGGAAUUGAUAGCUGCGCUACUGCAGUGAUCGUCCACUCAAUGUGCAGAGAAGUCAUCAAAGCGGUUCAGCAAGGCAAUCAGCAAGUCAUCAAAGAUGUUCGCAGGCUGUGUGCGGAGCCAGCUGACUCAAUGUGGAUUCCUACUACCAGCCAGGAAGUCUGCAACCGCAUCUUCCACACAAGCUUCAUGGGCACCCAGAACUCUAGCAAAGAGACAAGAGAUCGGGCAAAAGAACUGGCCACUGAAAUCGGGUCAUAUCAUAUUGACUUCAACUUUGAUACAGUCGUGACUGCUCUUACUAAUCUUUUCACCGUGGUCACCAAUUUUCAACCCAAAUUCAAGGUUCACGGUGGUAGCCGGGCAGAGAACCAGGCGCUACAGAACAUCCAGGCCCGUCUGAGGAUGGUCCUCUCUUACCUGUUCGCCUCGUUGCUGCCUACAGUCCGCCAGCGUCCAGGCGGAGGUGGACUGCUUGUUCUGGCGUCCUCCAACGUUGAUGAAUGUCUACGCGGCUACCUGACCAAAUACGACGCGAGCAGUGCCGACCUGAACCCCAUCGGCUCCAUCUCCAAGGUCGACCUCAAAAAAUUCAUCGGUCACUCCUCAACCUCCUUCAACAUGCCUAUCCUGGACCAAUUCCUCAACGCAACCCCCACAGCCGAGCUCGAGCCCAUCACAGCCACAUACGUGCAAUCCGACGAAGCCGACAUGGGCGUCACCUACGCUGAGCUAGGAACAUUCGGAUACCUCCGUAAAGUGUCCAAGCUGGGCCCCUGGAGCAUGUACGAGCGCCUUUUGCACAUGUGGGGUAACGAGUAUUCUCCGCGCGAGAUCUAUGAGAAGACACGCCACUUUUUCUAUAACUAUGCUAUCAACCGUCAUAAGAUGACGGUUAUCACGCCCAGUUACCAUGCCGAGCAGUAUAGUCCUGAUGAUAACAGGCAUGACCUGAGACAAUUUCUCUACCCUCCCUUCACAUGGGCAUACAAGAAGAUGGAAGACAGCGUCAAGUACUGGGAAGAAAAGGGCUGGACGACAGGCAAGGCGCAGAAGAAGAGCGUCAAGGCGGAUUAA